AAUUCACAUUGAGGAUCGUCGACGAGCUCCUACCUACCUGUUUGACUCUUGUCCAUACGCUGACCCCACCAUGACAUCCUCCUGACGAUGCCUCCUCAGCCCUUGACCAGCGAGGCUGGACCCUCGACAGAUCUCUUCGUGGAGGACUUUGGACCGCCGAUAUGGCGAACGGUCUUGAACAAACGAGCAGAUCUCGGUUAUCCAGACUUUUACCCCUCUCGGCCUGGGUUUGGCCAACCAGAGGAUAUUCUGACGGAGGAGAAUGUCAAGAAUGGAUAUUCUGCCAGACCUUUCGUCACGGUCACCUCGGCGGAGAGCUUCUCGAUGCAUGGACCGAUCCAUAACCAACUGGUCAAUGGAUGUUUGGCCACGCUCAACAAGCUCGGCAGGGAAAUCAUUGAGAAACGCGACGAGUGUAUGCCUCAAUUUGGAGAACGGGCCUUUCGCAUACCUGUCCGAGUGACUUAUAACGAUGUCAAACGAACUCAGUUCCUGUCCGAUCUCGCCAACCCAAACGUCCCACUGUACAAGCUCAUGAGGAAUCCGAUACCUCAUGGGUUCAAGGGUUUGGAGCUGCUCGACACCAUGUUCUCGCCUUCUUUCGUUCCUGCUCACAAUCGAUCUAUCAGUGGCCCCCAGGCUUCGGCACUCCCUCAAUCCAUCGCCAUUGACCGCGCAGUUUGGUUCAUCCGAGUCUUGGGAUCAAACGAGAUCUCAGCCCAUCGUGGCAGAGCCCAGCCAGUCUCCGCGCCCUCGGCACCUUCUCCCGCGGCGGCAGUCACCCCUUCCUCGUCCUUGUCCCAAAAUACCAGUGUGGCUUUGCCGCUGUCGAGCAGUGACUGGCACACGCAAGAGUUUACGACGCUGUACACCAAUUGGCUGAGGAUCCAGCUGGGUCAGCUGUCACUGCCCACAGUACAGACGAGAGGAGUGCCGGCGCCACGGUCGGGUGCUACCAGUGUGCUCGGCGAUGAAAAGGCGAGGGCUCGGUGGCUCGUCAAGUGGAACUAUAGUCUUGCUCUCCUCCGUCAACUAUUUAACCGUCACCUAAUAUCUGCAAGAGUUUUAGGCGCUUGGCUGGUGGACAUGCUCGCCUCGUCCAAUCUUGCUCAGCUUGGCUUUGUCGCUCGUCUCGCAGCCGAUCACAUCACUGCGCUCGCUCGGCAUGUGCACAUCGCCAGACCGUGUCUCCGCGCCGCGUGCGAUAGGAUAGUAGAGAUCCGUGAAGCGAAAAUGCCCCUGGAGAAUGUCGAGAUGGUGCUCAAGUCACUCAUACAGGUGCUAUGUCGGUGCGACGAAAUGGCCCUUAUGAACCCAUCGCUUUGGCGCAAGCAUCGAGACUUGAUUCUCUCACUCGUCAACCCGUCACCCUCAAUCGCCUCGUUGGAGGAACGAUCCAAGGUACUCAUGUUCAAGCCUCCCUCUACGGGCAGUCUAUCGACGCCGCGUCGGCAACAGAUGGAAGAUCUCCAAAAAUUGGACAGCAUGAAUGCCGAAACAAACAUGCUUCAGCUGUGUCUGUCCUACUUUGACGGGAAUGCCUCACCAACGAGCUCGACACUCGACGUAGGGCGAUUCGACGAAAAAGUCGUUGUCCUGUUAAAUUGGGCCAUGGGCUCAUUCCAGCUGGGGAUACACCGUGCCUAUGCUGUUCACACCUUGCUAGUCAUGUGGAGGGAAAAAUUUGACGAGCAUCAGUCAAAGGCCACGCGGUCCGCUGCAAUGGACUUUUUCCCGACACUCUAUCAAUGGCUUGACACGUCGGAAGCGGCCAAGAGCAGACAAAACGCCCAAGCCAUCGGUAUCACCUUUGGCGAGCUGACUCGUCAGGGGUUGUUCUCCUAUGGCCGGUAUCUCCAAACGCUCAUCGCACAAGGUCACUCAGCUCGAUUUGAUCUGUCAGCUUCGAGCCACCACCUGCGCAUCCUUCGAUCGCUCCCGAUCUUUGUCCAGGGCAAGGAUCUGUUGCAUCAGCGCAGACUUGCUCUGACUGGAGGCAACAAGCAGCUGUUGGCCAUGCAUGAAACGGAGGAGAAGGAGAUCAUGGCAGAGUUUGAAGAAGAGUGCAAGGAGUUUGUCCCAGAGGUCUUCGGCUACAAACGCUACGGUGCCAGUACCCAGUACAAGGAGGCUGUCUAUCACCACCUACGGUCGACGAACAAAAUCACCAGGCAUUUAUUUUUGCAGGCUCGAUUCUGGAUCUAUCCCUUGGCAGUAUCCAGCCUGGUCAUUCAAGGACGACGCCCAGCCAUCGAUGCGUCGGCCUUCGCUCGGAUUCUUCACGUUUUCAGAGAAUGUAACGGUUAUUCGACCAUGGCUGACUACCUCGUCAAAGCUCUCCAAAUCAACCGUGACAUUGAUAUUCUCGACUGUAUCAUCGACACGAUCCGCCGCGAUGCCGAUGUAUGGACCGCGAUGGAUCGCUGGGAAUUGUUGACAGACGCCUUGAUGGAGCGAAACGCCGCACAGGACACCGCAGGUCAACAUCAUGCAGCCUUGGCCUCUCUCCUCGUCGAACUCGCGCGGCGUGACCGACUGUCCGCAGAGGACCUAGCCGAAGUCCAGUCGUCCAUCGACUCUCACCGCAAAGCCCGUCCUGAUCCCUCGACAACCUUUUUCGACGGGGCGCAGAGCAUGGACGGCGUGAGACAGGUGAUGGCGAAAGGGGACGUCACUGCAGCCUCGUUGCUCGGAGCAAAACUCUUCGUUCGUCAUGGCCCAUUUGAAAAUUGGUCGACGCUCUGGUGGGAGACCCUCGUCGAUGCGAUACAGACGAGCACACAUGCCACGAUUGUGGAUGCUGUAACUGCCCAGAUUGCAACCGUCUUUGAGCAGGCCGAGGGUCAGUUGGAUUCCGUCGUCGACGCGUGGCUCCAGACGGUCACGAAUCCCAUCGAACUUUUAUCAAACGGCUCUCAUCUCUGUACCAUUCUGCUCCACGAGUGCGCGCACCGCCAUCUCCGACUCGUUUCGCGGACACUCGAGACAUUGGUGUAUCCUGUCUGGGCCAAAUGCGCCGCCGCGACCCUCAAGGACGGAUCAUGUUCACAUCCGCUUUCCGUCACCAACAGCGUCACCCUCUGCCAACAGCUUCUCCUGACCAAACCACCGAAUCAAUCGCUACCACCAACAAGUCUCCGCCAGGCUCUCGUUCUGCAGACCGAGCGAGGCGAAACACUCAAAGGCGCCCACGUCAUUUCCCUGCUGCAGCAUCUGCCAUUCUUGGUCAUCCUUGAAAAGGGAUCCGCCACGCCGGAGCGGUUGCAGACCCAAAUCUCCCUCCUCUUGGAGCAGCUUGCCGCCACACCUCAUUUCAAAGCGGCCGCUUUUCGCCACCUGGACGUGCUCAAAGAUGCUUUCCUGUCAAACGAAUGGAGCGAGUCGUCGAUGGAAAAUCUGGAGGCGGGUAUGGUUGAUGUGCUCAAGAUGAUCAUGUCGCAGGGGACGAACAAUGACAUUGCAUCCCUUGAAUCGAGUCCCCGAUCCAGCGCGUGGCGAUGGACAUCUAUCGUCUUGAGUAUGCGUGUGGACUUCAAACGUCUGGCCAUGCGUAUCAACAGUGAUGGUGACACCAGCGAGGCCAAGACCACUCUCAGUCAGCUGGUCCGCUCUAAUCUUGAUCGGGACAUGUCCGCAGACGAUGCCGAUCUGUUGUGUGAGGCCAUCCGAGGGAUUGAGAGGGUUGUAGCACAAGAGAUCAUUUCGUUUGGGAUCGAGCGACUAGGCGCCUUGCUUGCCCAAGUCAUUGAUGCGGACUCCCAAGCACAGACGGACCAUCCGUGCAAAAGUAUAGACCUCUUGCUUCGAGUCUUGGACAGUGCCAGUCGGACAUCGCCUUUGCCGUGGGGCGAUCACGCGAUUCUCACAGCUCGCCAUGCUCUGCUCGACUUGAUCUCGGUGGCUCUCCAGUCCAUUGAGAGGCAAUUCGCUUCCGACGAAUCUGAAUUGCCAGGCGAUGAUCCGCCCAAAUCUUCAGAGCUGCUUCACGUCGCCUUUCGCCUCUUGCGCUUCAGUCUUGGUCUGCCCAUCGUGGAAUCGCCGAAUCCGACUCUGCCUCGUCCCGACUUUGGCCGGCUUGCCACGGCUUUUGCCAGGUUGCUCUCGGCUCUCCCGACUUCCAUCGGUGAUCGGGCUACAAUUCGCCUGGGUGACAUGCUGGCGUAUAUUCUCGACAGUGCACCAUCACGUGCCACUGUCCAUUCGGCUCUGGUCGCCGAAGUUUCCCUGCAUCAGUCAAAGGCUUCGAUACUUCAGGCUCUGUCUAUCCUCUCGAUUCGACACCGACCGACAGCGCUGAAUCUAGGCGAUGACACUGUUCCACUCGACGACAGACCAUGGGAAUUGUUUGAGCGUCUCGACCCCAAACCACGUCGCGCCAAAGGUCAAGACUUUUACCUCGCGAGCAAGAAGUACAAGGAUACUGCCGCCAUCAGCAUGGCCCUCUUUGCUCCAAGAAUCGAGUAUGAUGCGAUGCCUCGAGACGAGGAGGAUGACGAUGCUGCGUCUGAAGCGUCUGACCCCGAUCUGUACGCCUCGGAGCGGGAUCUCGGCAACGAUCUGGCGGGUGAAUCUAGCAUGCUUAAGCAAUUUACCACGGCGAUCUAUGGUGGGCCAGAAGAGGCAUCUAUAGAAGACGACAUUGUCAUUCAUCACGCCUCGCCCACAACCUCGGUCUCCUCACCAUCCAACCUGCUCAGACCACGCCGAGCCUCGACACGUGGCAUGCCGACUGGAUCAGACAAGGACCCGAUCCCCCUCGUUGACGAUGACGAUGACGAUGACGAUGACGAUGAUAGCGGAAGCGAGGAGGAUGAACCUGAGCUUCUGCCUCCUCGAGGUAAACGACCUCGGGUCGCGAGCAAGUCGACAGGAAGUGUGGGAGGCAAGACGACGAGAAAGACGACUGGGGGGAAAAUGUAGGGAGGAAGGCAACGGGUGGGAAGGCAAGAGUCGGCGGGAAGGCGCCGUCAAAAGGCCAUGGAAGAAGACGAUCUGUCAACGAGUAGUGAUGCAUAUACUCGGCAGCUCUCGGGGAACCC